CACAAUCAUAAUCAUUGAGUAAAUUAAACAGCAAACAAACGAAUAGUCGGAACAAUUUACCGUCGACCAACCAACCAAACAGUCAACCAGUGAAAUAAAAUUUUUAAAAGUUAGAAAAAUGGCUGCACCUGCUCUUAAAGAUCUUCCAAAAGUUGCCGAAACCCUCAAAAGCCAACUUGAAACCUUCGAUACGGACAAAUUGAAAAAUGCCAACACUCAGGAAAAAAUCAUUCUCCCCACAGCCGAAGAUGUAGCAGCUGAAAAGACUCAAAAGUCAUUGUUUGCUGGCAUCGAAUCCUUUAAUCCAUCCAAUCUGAAACACACCGAAACUCAGGAGAAAAAUCCAUUGCCAGACAAAGAAGCAAUCGAAAAGGAAAAGGAGAAGAAUGAUUUCAUUGCUGGCAUUGAGAAUUUCGAUUCCAAAAAAUUGAAACAUACUGAGACAUGCGAGAAGAAUCCGUUGCCAACCAAGGAAGUCAUCGAAGAGGAGAAGAGAGGUUAGAGUCACCAAUCAUUUAUCGUUGGCAUGCAUGCAUGUCUCUUAAGCAGAGGAGAGGAGAAGAGCAAAUGCGGCAGCCGGUGCUGCAGCAGAAACUCAACCAGGCCGUACCAGUAGCACUUUACCAACUCUCAUUGCAAAACUGGAUGACGUAUUUUUUACUCAUUCCUAAUAUCUAAUAUUACUGAAAGACAUACUUUACUUUGUAAAAGCAUUUAUAAUUUGCGUACAUACAUAUUUAUAUAUCGAAAACAAAUAACAUUUUCAUACAAAAUUUUAUAAAAAAAAACAUCCCAUUGUUUUUCUCUCUCACGCUUAAACACCCACCCCACUGUGGUUGAACUCAAAAAUGAUCAAGAAACAGUAUUUUUGUUUGAACAUCUAUUAUACUGCAUACUGUUCUCAGGAAUUCAUAUUGUCUGUGUGUGUAUAUGUGUGUGCAAUGCAGUUGAAGAAGAGCCAAUCCGCAAACAAAAACUGCUAAUGUCGAAUGUAAAUUUUAUUUUUAUUGAAAUUGAUACGUGACUUUCAUGCCAAUGCCUGCGCUUCGCUUGUUAUGUAUGUACAUAUCUCGGAAUAUAUGCAUUCAGAACACUUAAGCCACUCUGGAACACCCAUAAAUAAAUUGAAACUAUUGCACACUUGAUGAGAGACAUCUUAAUGGGGUGAACUAACACACAUACAUAUAUAACACCAUACAUAUAAAGGAUAAUAAUUUCAUUAAAUACAACAACAAAAAGAAAGUAAGAAACACGUACAUGGGCUUGUUUGAGAUAAUUUUGUAAUAAAACAAAACGAUUAAACCGAA